CGUCGCUCGCCAUGCAUAUAAAAGGGCAGGGCCAAUAAGGGAAAACAAGGUAAAAACAGCUGGCAAAAUGUGGAUCUUCAGCCUUUUGCUCUCGGUGUUUCUGCUGGGCUCAUCGGUGGAUGGCCAAUGCGGCGGAUUCUUCACGGCGUCCAGUGGAUCUUUUUGGUCUCCGAAUUACCCAUCUAAUUACUACAAUAAUGCCUACUGCACGUACACUAUCAGCCUCCCAUCGGGCUAUUACAUGUAUUACGAGUACGUCUCUUUCGACCUCGAGCAAGAUGAGUAUUGUCAGUUCGACAGCAUCACCGUUCGUUGCCCUGCCACCGGGUGGUCGGAGACCCGUUGUGGGUACUUUGACUCCCUCGGUCCGUUUUACGAAGCCCACAAUUAUCUCAGCUUCGUGUUCCAGACGGACGGCUCCGUUACAAGAAGAGGAUUCCUUCUCGACUACUGGGCCUACUAUGCGAAAUGCGAAGAAGGCUGGCUGGAGCACGACGGAGCCUGCUACUUGUUCGCGAACGAGCCGAAGACUGGAAGCGAGGCGCAACUGGAGUGCGAGGAAAACUGGGCCAACCUGGCAAGCGUUCGCAGCGAGGAGGAGAAUGCCUUCAUUGGUGAAAAUGCUCCAUCGUCACCCGUCUGGAUCGGACUCCAAAAACUCGACCAGAAAUUGAGAUGGGCUGACGAAAGUCGUUACGAGGAAGCAACCUUCCACGAGAACUUUCACUUCGAAGAUGGAUUCGCUUACGCCGGGGCGGAGCAGCGAGUCGACGGAGACGAUUCCGACGAAAUUCGCCUUCCCUACGUCUGCAAGAAAUAUCUCGGAUCUGUGCGCGACAUCCCUUCCAACUGAUGGAAGAUUCGCGAUGAAGCGUCAAUAAACAGAGAUGGAGAAGCAUGGAAGUAAUCCUUGAUUUAUUUCGAUAUUCAAAGAGCUUGCGCAUGUAAGGCUUCCGGACUCAUGGCCUAAUAAAUACAUGGGAAUGGCGGUUAAGUUAUGGCAUAGAAGGAACUAAAUACACAGGGU